UAUCUCCCCCCCUUUCACACGUGUGAAUCCUCUCUCCCUCCUUACAACUUUGGGUUCAUCUGUGGGAUUCUUCCCUACCCCCACCAGCCCUCCAUCAUUUAGACUUCAAUUAGGAAUGUUUUAAUUGUGUUUUUUAUAAAUAGGCUUGUAACCCAAUUCAUUGGGCAGAUUUGAAGAAUGAAGCUAUUGAGUUUUUUAUGGUGCCUGAUUGGUACAUGGCAAUGGUCGUGUGACCUCCUCUUCCCCCCCCCCGUCGCUGAAUUCUCUCUCUCUCUCUCUCUCUCUCUCUCUCUCUCUCUCUCUUUAUUUCUUCUUCUUCAUCUUUAUAUUAUAUCACUAUCUGCAAAAAUCGAACCCUGCCCUGUUCUGGAUGACACUCUCGUUGAUCUCUCUCCUACCUUAACCUUCCGUCGUGAUAUUUAGUGGGCUGUUCACAAACCUUUGGGCGAUCCAGAAUACCAAAUCUGGGCCUGAGACACUCACUGGUUUGUGUGUUCUAAGGAGAUUUUAGGUCUGGAUCUUCCUCUACUGCCAGCCCUAACUUGCAGAAAUUUUCUUGGCUUUAAUCCAUGAUCUCUGGGUCUUUUCUCGGAUGGAAUCAUGAGGGCCAUGAGUGGAAAAACUCUCUCAAAGUUGCAGCUCGAUUCAUGUUUAUAUGAUAGAGUUCUUUCAAAAUAACUAAACCUGUCUUCCGCAUCUGUUCGAAGUCUCAAGGAAGAAGACGACCUGGAUUCCUUCUUCCUCUCUUUCUCGUUACUUUCUAUCCAUUUGUCUUCUUGUGUUAAAAUCUUAUUUAUGUUUUCCCGAAAUACCCCUCUUUGUCUAUUAUCUUAGUUUCUCCAACUUCGUAAGUCCUUCCAAGUUCAUCCUUGCACAAUAAAUCUAAUCCCUUUUUAUGUCCCUUCUCCCUUACCUAUCAAUUUAACACAGAAAAUUCUUGUUUUUACAAGAUUACCUUUGCCUUCAUGUUAUUUGCGGUGGUUAAUUGGGUGGGUCCAUAAGCGAUCCGGAUUGGGUUAUUUACAAAUAUCUGCUAUUGGGAUUAAGCAUAUGAAUAAUUGCUGUAGAUGGAUAGAUAGAUAUUAAAAGGCCCUCCUGAAUCAGUUUGAAUAGAGGGAGUCCAAGGAGAAUUAUCGCUUGGUGAUAUUCUGUGGCACUUUUCUUCUAAAGAGACGUUUUUUCUCCUGAAAUUAUUUAUGUGUGCUUUUUGUGUAAGGGCCAAGACGACAAUUUGGCUAACUAUUGUUGAGCAACUCCAGCAGGUUUCUGAGGGAUUUUCUUUCAAAGAGAUUAAAUUCAUCAAGGCUAUAUCAUACAUGGCUGCAUUUUAUUACAAUCGGAUUGGAAUUAAUUAUGUAUAAAUCAAUUGAGUUUUAUUUGAUACUUUUAUUAAGUAAAGUAGAGUCGUCGUCAUUUUCUUUAUUUAGUUGACAUGGUCUAGUUGUGAGAUGGGUCUUGGGAACAGUUGCGAAGUCAAGUUUAUUAUUUCUGUAAUGACCUGUCAAAUGGCAAAUGCUUUAAGCUUCCGCAUAACUGCAUCCUCUAUUUAUUUAUUUGAAGUCUUGGAGUUUGUAAUUUCAUAAUGUCCAAGUCUAAUAGACUUAAGAAGUUGGUUCUUGAUAGAAAUAGGCAUUUGGUUUGUUGACUGCUGCGACAGUGUUUCCUGGCUGUGGUCAGGGAACCUUGCUGCUGUUACUAUUGUUCUUUAAUUGUAGUUACAUGGAUUUUGCUACUAUAAUGUCAGAGUGAUCAUUAUUUGGGAGUGGUGUUCUUUUCUGUUUAUAGAAUCUUCUCUUGGUCCUUGAAUCUGUUAAACAUUAUUUCUUGAAUCUUGAUAGGUUCCCCCCCCCCCCUUGUCCCUCUUUUGCUGCAGUGUCUUGAUCAUAUUCAUGUUUCUUUCUUAGACUCUAAAACGUGAUAUGAUUCCUGGGUUGUCAAUUGAAUUCUACUUCCAAUUGCUGUGUAACCUUUGCCAAUUGUCAAGAUUGAGAUUCUAUUAAAGAAACCAAUCCUUGACACACCAUAUAAAGUGAAAGAAAUCAUUCUUUCUUAGCUGUAUGGUACUAAGACCCCAAUUUCACCCUGAUUUAAGUUUGGCCCAGGAUGGGGUUCUAUCUGAUUUAAUUGAUUUAAUUGUUGUCUCUCAACCCUUCACAGUGGGACUCUGAUCCUUGAAUUUCUUUGCAUCUUAAAUCUUUUCCUUGCCCACACUUGAUAUUCUUAGCAACCUUGUAUCUUCAUUAGGAUUAUUUCAUCCCAUAACCAGUACACUAAGUGGUCCUUUCGUCCUCUUAGCUCUUUCACAGCCGGGAAAUCAUAUGCUUCCUUCCAAAUUUCUUCUAGAGGAUGCACCUUUUUGUUCCUUUGCUUUUUUGACUAUAUACAAAAUGAGGAGAAAUGCUUUCAUAUGUUAUUUUUCUUAUGAUUUCUGUGGUUUUGUAUAAUUUAUGUGGUUGACUGGGCUGUAACAGAACAGUUUUCUUGCGGAUUCAAAUUCAAACUCUUUGAUGAUGAUGAUGUUAAUAAGGAAAUUGUUUUUUUGGGUUGGCUUGUCCUGAAGGAACCUCUAGAUGGCAAACCUUGUCUGUGCCAUGUGGAAGAAUGAUGUGGUAAUUCUGACUAUUAAUUGUCUAGGGAAUGGUCUGGGUUCACCAUAUAUCAAAUUUCAGAGACAAAUUCAAUCAUAUACCCUCCCAUUUAUUGGCAUUUUCCAGGUGUCUAUAUUUAAUAUUACUAUUAUUACAACAUUAUUACAACAACAAUGAAAUAUGAAGAAUAACUAUAGUAAUAAUUGUAUUGAAUUUUCUCCUCUAACAUUUCUCUCUCGUUUUCUUUGUCUUUCUUAGGGAUUAUAUUGAGAAGUACGAUUAUUCAACAAAUGAGGAUGGAGAAGCUAAAGCUAAAAUAGAAACCAAGCUUUCCUCAAAGAAAGCCAGGCCGGACGGAAAAUCUCAAAUGACUAACCAGUAGGGCCAAGUUCAAGAGUCUGUUCUCAAAGGUUUACAGAAAAGCUCCACUCUUUCUGCAAUUAUGGAAACUGAUAAGUUGCAAGGUGUUAGAAAGGGAAGCUGAAACUUCAGAUAUCAUGACUAUGGUUAGGGGGACAGAUCGAAAAUCUUCUGAAGGGCAUCCAUGCCCAAAAUCUACUAAGUUCAGAAGAGAUAGAGAGAAUGCUGCUGGAUUGAGAGUGAAAAAGAUUAUGCACAGAGCCUCAGAAGAUAAGGAGUCAUGUGUUCAGAAACUCCAAGAAGAAAUUAGAGAAGCAAUUCGUAACAACUCAAAAGAUCUUGGUAAAUAUAUAUAUGAUCCAAAGCUUCUUGCUGCAUUCAGGGCUGCCGUAGUGGGACCUAGUACUGAACCUGUACAAAAGUUGAGUCCUUCAAUUGUAAGGGUGAGGAGGUCAAUGCUGCAGAAAGGGAAGAUACGUGAGAAUUUAACAAAAAAAAUAUAUGGAACACUCAAAGGAAGAAGAAGACGUGCAUGGGACAGGGAUUGUGAAAUUCAGUUUUGGAAGCAUCGGUGUGUGAGAACCACAAAGACUGAAAAAGUUGAAACCCUGAAGUCAGUUCUUAACCUUUUAAACAAGGGCUCAGAGAUGGAGCAAGAGUCUGAGCUGGACAUUGCAAACCCCAUUCUUUCCAGGUUGUAUUUAGCUGAUACAUCUGUCUUCCCACGAAAGGACGAUGUCAAGUGUCUCUCAGUUCUUACAGCUGUUGGUGACCAGAGAAAUAAUAAUGAACAUAAUUUAGUGGAAAAAUUUUCUCCACCAAUUCAUGACAGCCAUAUGGUCCAGAUACCAUCCCCGUCACAAGCAAGUAAAGAUUCAGCACAGAUUAGCAAUCCUUCCUUUGAUAAUGAAGGGAAAAAAAGUUGUGCUCCAACCUUAAAGGGUGGGUCUACUUCUCGAAAUCUGCAUCCAAAUGAUUCUACAAACAGAGGGAACUCCAUUUCUUUAUCAAGUAGGUUGAAAAUAAAAUCCCAAAGCGAGAAGGAAAUGGCUGCUAAAUCUGAUGAUGUGAAGAUGGAUAAAAGGAACUGGGCACUGGAGGUUCUUGCAAGAAAGAAUGCGAGUGAAGACGGGGAUACAAGUCAAGUGAAACAAGAGGACAUUGCAGUGCUCAAAGGAAAUUAUCCUUUAUUAGCUCAAUUACCAUCAGAUAUGAGACCAGUAUCGGCACCCAGUCACCAUAAUAAAGUCCCUAGUUCAGUUAGGCAGGUAUGCGGUGCCUCAAGCGAUAGCCAAAGUAACUGGCUUAUAGCCUUAUACUCUUCUAUACAUGAACAAGUCAACUCAGUUUCUGUUACAAAAUUGUUCUGUUUUCACUUUGGAUGUCAAGCUCCGCGAAAGCCGUUUGAGGUGGUGGCUUUGUUCAACGGAGACCCUUGGAUGCACCACACAACUUUACCGCUUGAGCAUUUCUUGAGGAAAGCAGAUCUCCAUGUUAUCCGCAGAACUGCUGCUACAGAGUUGGCUGUCACAGAUGCGGUUAACAUUGAAAAGGAGGUUGCUGAUAGGUCAAACAGCAAACUAGUAAUCAAAAGCUUCUUCUCCAGAACUGCUGCUGCAGAGUUGGCUGUCACAGAUGCUGUUAACAUUGAAAAGGAGGUUGCUGAUAGGUCAAACAGCAAACUAGUGUAUGUAAAUCUCUGUUCUCAGAUGCUAGUGCAGCAUGCAAAUAACAAGAAGGCUAGUGGAGCUGUAGAAUCAAAAGCUUCUUCUCCAACAGCUGACACUACUAGAACUACAGAACCAACAGUUGAAAAUGCUGUGUCUGAUCCCAUGGUAGAAGAGGCACUGAGAAUGGCAGGGCUUUUGUCAGAUUCCCUGCCAAAUAAUCCAAGUUGCCCAACCAAGAACCUUGAUGAUGAUGACCCCACAGAAAAGGUCAGAGAAGAAGGACCCGAGAAUGUGUUUGAACUUGAUUCUCAUCCAGAAAUAGAUGUAUAUGGAGAUUUUGAGUACAACUUGGAUGAUGAAGACUAUAUUGGUACUAGUGCUUUUAGUGCAUCCAAAUUACAACCAGAACAAGGUGACCUGAAAAUGAAGGUGGUCUUCUCCACUUUUAACGCUGAAAAGACAAAAAUUAAUCAAGAUUCUAAGGAUGACGAGAGGUUGCAGACUUUUGAGGUCCCAAUGGAUUCUUCUUGUGUUCUGAAGUGUGAAAAGAGUGGAGGCCAGGAAGUCUCAACCUUGGAGGUCAUAGAGAUGCACCAUGCCUUCCUCCUGAACCGUUGCAAGAUGAAGGAAAUGAAGAGCCUUCUUUGGCAGAAUGUGAGGAGUUAUAUGGCCCUGAUAAAGAACCACUGGCAGAAAGAUUUCCCCAAAUAGCAUCACGACAGCCAGGUAAAAUGAUUGCAGUUGAGACCUCAACUGAGAACAUAACCUUUUUGGAGAAAGCGACUUGCAAACCUGAUAUAGCAUCUGGAUCAUCCAAUGUUGUGACAGACAGCUGUGCGGAGAAUACAUUUGUCACAGGUGGAAGCCUACAUUAAAGAGCACAUCAGGCCAUUGUGCAACAGUGGUGUGAUCACGGCUGAACAAUAUAGAUGGUCUGUGUGUAAAACUAGAGAGAAGGUUAUGAAACACCAUUCUAAAGCAAAGAAUGCAAAUUUCCUCAUCAAGGAAGGUGAGAAAGUAAAGAAACUUGCAGAACAAUAUGUUGAAGCAGCACAGCAGAAAGGAAGACUCGAAAUGGUUCCUGCUAUUUAGCCUCCAUUCUUCAAGUCUUUUUUUUUUUUUCCCCAGAUAAGAUACAACAAGGCUAGACCCGACUCAUGGUUUAGUUAUAGCAACACAAAAAAUCAGAAGAUACAAAUAGGUCAUAGAUAGAGCGGCAACAAGUACACUGGGUUGGAUGGAUCCUGCUUGGAUGUGAAUGUAGAUUACUGUACAGUGUACAGUGCUUCAUAACAAGAAAUUUGUUCACCAAGGAAA